CCCUGCCACAGAAGGGGAGGGGACAUUCACUCUGAAGAUUUAAAGAGGUACCCAUAAACCUUUAGGAGAUAUUGUGACACGUUAUCCCAAGAAACAAAGACUGAAGAUUCACCACUGCACUAGGUAUGAAGGGACUCCGUAAACUGACAGCAUCUUCAGUGGCACUGUUCCUUGCAGUGUCCUUCAUAUCUUUCUCCUGGAGUGCUCCUCAGGCUCAUUUCCAAAGGAGAAACUGGACUCCCCAGGCUAUGCUGUAUUUGAAGGGUGCUCAGGGACGUCGAUUCAUCUCAGAUGAGAUCCAGCAAAAGGAUCUGUAUAACAGAAUGCAGCUUGAAACACGCAGCCAAAACACAAAUCCUUUAUCUCUUUCUGAAGCUGCAGCACUGUUCCUUAGUUCCUUACGGAAAGCCCAAGAAAAAGUUGAAGAAGAAAAUGGUGAUCACCCUGGCUACUUGAUGGAUAAUUUAUCAAAUUAGAGAAAUAUUUCAAAUUUAUUUAACAUUUGUAUUCUGCAUACCCUGAAACCAUGAUUUGUGUAAACAGAGUAUUUCAUUCAUCCUCACUUAGUUCCAAAAGGGUCACGUAUUUAUUCAUAGCGAUGUUUGAAUACCAACUGAUUAAAAGUUACCUGUUCAGCUAAAGAUAUUAUUUGUAAAGUUCUUGCCUUGUUUAGAUAAUUUUGUAUUUCUCACCCAAAAUUUAAAAUACACUGUUCCAUCUUAGCUGAAAGGAUGAUUAAAGCUGUCAUUUUGCACAAUUACUUCAUUAAAAUCAUAUUUUCAAAAGUGAGUGGAAAAUCUUUUGCUGCCUGCUACCCAGCUGUAUAUCGGAGCCAUUUUUAUUUCCAGUUAAGGUGGAUUCCUUCACUUCUGUCUCUGUAUGUUGAUGAAGGCUAGUACACGAUCAAGGCCUCAGUAGGGUACAUGGCACACAGUCACUACUCCUGCAGGUGGUACAGGUCUCCUGGAGCUGGUGGUGGCACACUAGUUACAAAUCUAGUGUCAUACAUGACAACUGGCACACAGAAUAUUAGUUGCAUCAUUCUUGUACAUUUUUGUUGUUUUUUAAGUUUUCAAACUGAAAUUAUAAAUAUAUAUAAAAUGGUUAAUUAUUCCAUGCUGAUAAAGAUAUAUUGAACAUUAUUCAUGCAGCUUUGUGGUCUUACUGCAAAGCCCUCUGUAGUUCUCAUGUAAUUAAAAAAUAGCCAUAUGGUUCUUGUGUCCAA